CUAAGUUCAAUUUAAUCACAGUGAUAAACUAUCGUUAUAAUAAAUUAAUUAAUAGGAAUGUAGCUACGUAAGGGAAAGAAAGACUCGCGAUAAUUGUGUCUUUUUAUACCUAAAAAUAAAAAUUUCAAGACUGAAUUCCUCGAUGGCUGGAAUAUUUUAUUCUUCCUGUUUCAUUAGUUUGAAAUCUGUCAACCGGAAUUAUGAUGAAUCGAAUUUGGAAGACAGAUCUUUUGAGUGAAUAAGAAAAAAAAAAAUUAAUGAAAAUGGGAGCCUUACCAUAAAAAGUGAAAUGUUUCACCUCUCGAAAUACAAAAUAGGAUAAUUUUUGUCAUUUUUUGAGAAAAUAGAAGCAAAAGCAUGCCAAUUUUGGCAAAUUUAAUCCGGCUAUUUCGAAGGCGAAUGGUGCUUGGCCUGAUUUUUGGACUAUCGCUCACUUAUUGUGCUGUUUCUCUUCUGCGACACGAAGGAAGAGGUAUUUCUUUAGAAAAUGAUUUUGAGGACAUUAAUGACAAUGAAUUUCUCAAUGAGAAUGAAGAGAACAGUGAUGAACAGGUUUCUAUGAAAUCUUUAAUUUGGGAGAUGGACGUUUUAAAUGACGAAAAUGCUGAUUCUCUCGUCGAGACGAAUGCCCCAGGCCAGGGAAACAAUUCUGAGAGUUUACCUGCAAAUUGCCGAAAUUCUAUUCAGGGAAAGGUUUUUAUUGUCGAUGAAAAGGGGUACGUUUGUUAUCGGAAAGACAUUUUGGGGAGUGGUUGCUGCAACAGAGACUUGUUAAAACCGUCCCGAGAUAAUAUUUCAACUUCGGUGAAAAGAUACAGUUGCGAAACUUGCAACACGGCCGGAUGCUGCGCAAUUUACGAAUACUGCGUGUCCUGCUGUUUGCAUCCUGGCAAGCAUCGACUGAAAGGCAAGAGAAAUGCGGACGGAGAGGAGGUGGUGGUUCGCAAGGAGGAGAAAAAGAAUGGAAAAAAUUUUGAUAUGCUGAAGGCUCGACUGCGAGGCCUCGAUCGGUUUCAGUAUUGUCUCGCAGCCUGCCGGACCUCUAGCGCAAGUGUCCGGCAUGAAAACACCUACAAAAAUCCACAUUCCAAACACUGUUACACGCUUCAUGUCCCGAGUCCCGUUUUACACAAUAAGCCCCCUUUUAAGGACAUAUAAAACAUGAAAUAUCAAAUAUCAAAUAUAAAAUAUACAAUUUA